CGCAAGAAAAAGCGCGGGAAGAAGGCUCCCCCGGCUGACGGCCGGCCCACCGACCUACAUAGCGCGUCUUUCGCCGGCCUGCUCGUUAUAAGAAACCAGUCUGCCGGUUGCGUCGGCGUACUCGAGCGAACACCGCUGCCAACUCCUCCUCGACCAUCUUCAGCGUCGUCGGCGACGUCGUCCAUCCCGGCUUAGCGUCGGCACUCGAGCCACAGGUGCCGCAAUCCGGUCAGGCGGGAGGCGAGCUUCCUCGGACACCGCCGUCCCAAAGCAAGAGAGGUGAACGGAGAGGAGCAGGAAAGAAGGGCGUCGGACCAGCUUUGCCAAGGCGACCGCCAUGGGCCAUCAUGCCGCGGGGGUCACAGGCUUCGUGAUUCUCUUCUUGGUGUUGACCAAGUGUCCUGCUGCCCAUGGGGAGCCGAAGACAGGCGCACUUGCCGAUGACCGCACCACGACUACUCAGGAUGCCACGGAUGAGAACGCCACGCAGUCGCCUCUGGUGCCUCCACGACCGGGCAGGCGCGUGAUCGUGUACAUGGGAAACCGUCCGUGGUUCUCCAGCAUGUACGGAGUAGCCGAUGCCAGCCGGACCGAGUACCACGUGCCUUCUGCCGAAACAAAGACGUCGACGACGGCGGUAGUCAGAAGGAGCGACGCUCCGUCACUUUCGCCCCAGGAAAGUGGUCACACCGGCGUCGCGUCCGGCCCCGUCAGCGACAAGGUGAACAAGCUGAGCAGCGCCACUCUCCUGGCCUCAGAGACCACGAGCAAUGAGGCCAGCACCGAGGCCGAGAACGACAGGUCCGACCUCAUCGGCGAGCUUGACGUCAACAAGCAUCCUCCCCCACCCCUGCCGCCGUUCAACGGCCCAAAUAUCGAGUACCGCACGACGACCGUGCACCACACGUCGGAGCCCAGAAACGACGACAGCGCCGGACUUCCAGCAGGAUCGUAGAAGCAGCGAUUCUAAAGAGGCCUCCCCGGCGGCGGUGGUCGGUGCCAACCGACGUGCAGCCCUGCAGGAAUCCACUGCCGGCAGGUCUUCUUCCGCGGAGCUGAGCGCAGCCAGACAGGAAGCACUCGCGGACCGAAACCUUAACUCGAGGUAUUUCACGUUUGGUCCCGGAAGCGCUACGACUGGCAAUGGAGGAGGCUCCAAAAGUAACAGCGCCUUUGCGACGACCUCCGGUAGAGACGACAGCGAGACGUCGCGCGACUACGAUCCAGCACCGUUCAACGACGGAGACGACCGCUUCAACCAGCAACGCCAGACGUUCGGUGCAGCUCAGGACAACCGGAGACCCGCUCUGCCAUCGCUUCCACCUCCUCCUCCGCCACCACCGCCACCUGCGCCAACAGCGUCUCCUCCUACGGCGUCGACUUUCGGCACCACCCGCGUCCACUUCUCCUUCCCAUCCGAACCCGCCAUCUUCGGCAACAACAGCCUUGCAAAUAGGGGCGACUUCCAGUUCGAGACGUCUCACGGUCAGGACUCCUCGUCUGCCCAGAGAGACGGUGACGGCAGAUCUUCUUUCACGAGCGCCGAGCAGAGAACGACACCUGCGGUGAGGAGUCAAGAUCUGCGCCAAUUCCCGACGUUUUCUACAUCACGUGCUCCUGCCUCCGUAACCCCACCUCCACCACGGCAAACUGCGAGCGCUGAAAGAAGUUUCCAGGCAUUCGCGAACCAAAGACAGGCGCCCGUCCCCAACGCGCCUUCUUCGGCGGGCCAAACGCUGCGCUUCAACUUCAGGCAAUCCAGUGGUCAAGAGAGAACGAACCCGCCACCACCACCACCAUCCAGAUCAUUUCAGACGCCAAUCACAAGCUCUUUCGUCACUUACUUCACUAAUUCAGAUUCGAGGGAUUCACAGAAAUCUGCACCACUGACGGAGACUCGGGACAGGCAACAAACUGAACCACGUCUGAACUUCCGCAGCGGCAGCUUCCGAACGACACCGCCACGCCCACCUCCCCAAAGGCCAACAUCGACAUCCACCUUCCAGGGACCGCCAUCUUCGCAGACGCCGCGUGCAGCCUCGAGGAACAACUUCGAAGACAAUAACGACAGGUCACGCGAGUUCUCGUCACCGAACUCUAGAGGUCAAGUGACUUUCCGCCCGAACGUUUUUCCGGUUGACCCUCCAUCGAACACAUUCGCUUCAAACCAGAGGACGCAGGACGGAUUCAGUUCAAGUGCAAGAUCGCAGGAAGACUUUACCUCUAAUCCGAGAAGCCAGAGCUCGUUUUCACCCGCCAACACAGCGCCACGGGUCCCUUCUGCUCCAAGGAGCCAAAACUCGUUUUCUCCUGCCAACACUCUACCACGGGGCACAUCGGCACCGAGAAAUCAGAACUCGUUUUCACCCGCAAACACACUGCCGCGAGCAAACUUCCAAACUAGUCAGUCUC